AUGAACUUUCUGUUUUGGAGGAGAAAAGAAGUGGCUCCCAUGAGUCCACAAUUCGACACCUUCCCAUGGAUCUGUUGGUACAUUUGGAAGGCGAGGAACGACAAGCUCUUUAAUGGGAAAGUCGUAUCCCCGAUGGAUACUCUUCAACACGCCUCACUGGAGGCAGAGUGUUGGAGGAAGGCUAACGAAGAGGAGGAAGUAGAGGAGGAACUCGUUGACUCCCUCACUAUGGAGAUGGAAACAGCGCCCUCUUGGACAUCCCGAAUCCCGACCUGCCAAAUCGAUGCUUCAUGGAUCGCCAAUGGCAGCGUCAAUGGCUUAGGGUGGAGUUUUAAGGAUCACAUGGGCUCUGAAUUCUUUGGAUUGCGAGCGUGUAGGAGGACCCUCUCAGCUUUACAUGCUGAGAUGGAAGGUCUACUCUAG